AUGCCCCGCAUCAAGUAUGCGAUCUGCAUCAAAAUAAGCAAAUUGUACUAACAAACAAUACAGAAAUAACUUCAUGGAGGCGAUCUACGCUGCCAGAUCGAGGGGGAAGAGAUGGGUGAAGCGGCACGACCUUGAAUAUCGCGACCCCACCACCACCCCCGCACGCAGAAAGGAGAUCCUGAUGCAUGUCAUGGAGAAUCUCGAGGCCCAGACGUAAGUAACUAUAUCCAGCAUGUUAUUAUUUAUCUAACCUCUUUCAGACACACCGAAUACCGUCCCCGUCCCCGCCGCCGCCUUCCUGCCGCCCCUGUUGCCCCGGCUGCCUCUGUUGCUCCUGUUACCUCUGCUGCCCCGGCUCCAGCUCCUGCCCCCAGACCUCUCCGCCGCAGCCCCCGCUUUGCCUAA